AUGGAAAUAGCCCAUACGAAACUAAAGAAAUCAUCGCUGAACAAAAGCAAAAAAUACCUGGAAACUAAGCCGCAACUUUCGUUUUACAAAUUGCCGCCGACUGAGUCUAUUUCGUUGCAAGAAUUCGAGGAGUUCGCAGUUGAAAGGCUAAAAGUUUUGAAGGUCAUGGAAACAGUUGGUAUCCAACAUGUGAAAACUAACGAGGAAUAUGACAGAGAAUUGAGAAACAAAUUAAAAGCAACAAAAAUUUGGAAAGAAAUAAGGACUUCGGGGGAUUUUGAUCAGAUAUCUCACUAUAUCCUUCGAUUAGCCUACUGUAGAUCGGAUGAACUACGUCGCUGGUUCCUACAACAAGAACUGGAUCUGUUUCGCUAUCGAUUUUCUAUUCUCAAUCAUGAUGAAAAGAAAAAUUUUGCAGCUGAAAAUGAUCUUGGUUAUACAAAGAUUGAUGAUAAUGAAAGAGAUGAAAUUGCAAACAAAUUGAGCAAAUGUGGAAAAGGUACCAUGGAAUCUGAAUAUUAUAAGGUAUUUUUCACAGAGGUCCUUGAUCUUGUAAGAACACGAAAAGUCUACCUACAAAAUGGCUAUGCCUACGUCAAAUUUAGUGAUCUUAUAUCCAUCAUAAGCAAUCAUUUUCGUGAGCAUCUUUCAAAGGAACUUGCCAGAACAUGUCGUUCCCUUCCUCGUUUGGAAGAAGACAAUCGAUUGCUGCCUUUGCUAAACAAUCUCAGUAGGGCCUAUCUGGGAGAAGAUUUCAGUGCCAAAUCCAAUUCUGGUGCCGUUACAAUUGAUAUGAUAGAAUCCCUGUCACGAAAGUCAUUCCCACCAUGCAUGCAACAGCUGCAUCAGAAUCUUCGACAGAAUCACCAUCUGCGGCAUGGUGGGCGAUUACAGUAUGGACUUUUUCUCAAGGGUAUCGGCCUUUCUCUUGAAGAUGCUAUGCGUUUCUGGAAGCUAGAGUUUACAAAAAUUAUGGAAUCUGAUAAGUUUGAAAAGAGUUACGCUUACAACAUCCGUUACAAUUAUGGCAAAGAAGGAAAGCGAGCAAAUUACACCCCUUAUAGCUGUGCUAAAAUAAUUAUGUCCAAUCCUCCAAGCCAGGGGGAUUAUCAUGGAUGUGUUUUCAGGCAUGUUGAUCCUGACUUACUGAAACAGAGGUACCGGAACCAAGGAAUACCUGCUGAAAGUAUUGAGAUGAUAAUGAACUAUGUAGAGCAGAAGCACUAUACUUUAGCCUGUACACAUUACUUUGAAGUCACCCACAAUCUCAAAAACAACAACUUUGGCCUUCAGCAUCCGAACCAAUAUUUUGAUGAGAGUCAAAAGGUACUCAAUGGAGAAGUAAAACCACAAGUUUCAUCAACCCCUGUUCGUGUGGUGAAACUUUCCACGGUUAAUUCAUCACAGUCCAGUUCUUCGCAGUUAAGUAACUCUUUUUCCAAAGAUGAUUUCAUGGAUGAUACUGACAUGUGUAACUUAUUAGAUGACGAAAUGGAAGAAUAG